CACCCGGCAACCAUAAUACUCAUCCUCUUAAGUGAACGCCCACGGCUUGAACCUGUUCUCCGCCCUCUUCCCUUGAAUCUCUUCCCUCUUUUGCUUCCGAAGAACAUUGACCCUCACCAACAGCCAGCAUAGCAGAAAGGUUGCAAAGAUGGUGUCCUCCGCAACGCUGUGCUUGCGAACAGCAAGGAAUCUGAACAAAACCACACCUUCAUCUCGUCUCAUCGCUCGCACAUUCGCCUCUUCCUCGCGCCGACAUGCGAUCAACAAAGUCGUCUCCUCGCCCGAAGAGGCCCUCAAAGACAUGAAACCCAAUUCGACGCUUCUCUGCGGAGGUUUCGGUCUCAGUGGUGUGCCUGACACGCUCAUCAACACUGUAGAGAAAAUGCCGCACAUCACAGGCUUGACGGCAGUUUCGAAUAAUGCUGGAGUACCAGGCAGUGGAUUGGGGAAGUUGCUCGCAACGAAGCAGGUUAAGAAGAUGAUUGCGAGUUAUGUGGGAGAGAACAAAGUUUUUGAAAAGAUGUAUUUGACGGGAGAAAUUGAACUGGAGUUGACACCACAAGGGACAUUGGCUGAGAGGUGUAGUGCUGGAGGAAGAGGCGUGCCGGCUUUCUACACUCCUGCGGCUUUUGGAACGAUUGUUCAGUCUGGUGAGCUGCCGUUGAAGCAUACUGCCGAUGGCGACGUGGCAGAAUUCUCAACAGCCAAGGACGUGAAAGUCUUCGACGGAAAGCCAUACGUGAUGGAGGAGUCGAUCAAGGGCGACUACGCAUUCGUCAAGGCCUGGAAAGCAGACCGUCUGGGUAAUGUCAUGUUCCGUUUCUCCGCAGCCAACUUCAACGGAGCCAUGGCCCGCAACGCAAAGCAAACCAUCGUCGAAGCAGAACACAUCGUUGAACCCGGCGAGAUCGACCCAGCCGCAGUCCACGUUCCAGGAAUCUACGUCCAGAAAGUCAUCCAGUCCACGACCCCCAAAGAAAUCGAAAAAGUCGUCAACGCAAAGUCCCCCGAAGAACUCAAAGCCGGCGCCCUCGGAUCCGGCGACAGCGCCAGCAAACGCGAGCGUAUCGUCCGCCGCGCCGCCAAAGAAUUCAAAAACGGAAUGUACGCCAACCUAGGCAUCGGCAUGCCCAUGCUGGCCCCAACCUUCGUAGACGACAGCAUCGAAGUCCAACUGCAAUCCGAAAACGGCAUCCUCGGCCUCGGCCCCUACCCCCAGAAAGGCGAAGAAGACCCCGACCUCAUCAACGCCGGCAAAGAAACCGUCACCCUCCGCCCCGGCGCGGCAGUCUUCGGCUCAGAUGAAUCUUUCGGCAUGAUCCGCGCCGGACGCAUCAAUCUCACCAUCCUCGGCGCAAUGCAAGUCUCCGCCAAAGGCGAUUUGGCCAACUGGGCCAUCCCAGGCGUGAAAAUUAAGGGCAUGGGAGGAGCGAUGGAUCUGGUCUCGAACCCGGAAAAGACGAAAGUUGUGGUAACGAUGGAACAUUGUGAUAAGAAGGGCCGUUCGAAGAUUUUGAAUUCUUGUACUUUCCCGCUUACGGGGCCGAAGUGUGUGAGCUUGAUUAUUACGGAAUUGGCUGUUUUUGAGGUUGAUUUUACGCAUGGGUUGACGUUGAUUGAGCAUGCGGAGGGGGUUACGGUGGAGGAGAUUAAGAGUAAGACGGAGGCGCCGUUCAAGGUGUCGGAGAGCUUGAGGGCGAUGCAGCAGUAGAGGAGGAUAGGAUCUGUGGUCUUAUCUCGAGGAUUGUGUUUUCGAUCGAUCUAGCAUGGCGUUGGUGGGAUGUUAGCAUAUUGUGAAAUCUGUAUAGUUCAAAAGUUCAAAAUCAAAUUGUGCAGCUCACGAGCCAUGAUUGAUUGCUGG